UUGUGUAUAGCUUGGGAAGUUAAUACCAAAAAUGUCCAGCAAUUACAGGCUACUGGUGAAGAACGCACAACAAGUGGUUUUGAUUUGCAACAGCGGGGAGAGAUACCUGACCAAGAAUGGGAUGCAAAACCUUCAUGUAAUUGAAAAUGGCAGCAUAGUGAUUGGGAGAGAUGGACUGAUCAAAGCUGUGGGACCUGCAGACGCCAUUGGGGCUCAGUAUUCAGAUGCGUCUUUUGACAAGGUUAUUGAUGCAACCGGAAAGUGUGUCAUACCUGGGUUGGUUGAUGCCCAUACCCAUCCAGUUUGGGCCGGUGACAGGGUGCAUGAAUUUGCCAUGAAGCUGGCAGGCGCCACAUACAUGGACGUGCACCGGGCCGGCGGAGGGAUCCACUUCACGGUGGAGCACACACGUGCGGCACCGGCCUCCGACCUGCUGGCCUCGCUGACAGGCAGGCUGGCUCGGAUGCUGCGCGCCGGCACCACCUUGGUGGAGUGCAAGAGCGGCUACGGCCUGGAGCUGCAGACGGAGCUCAAGAUGCUGGAGGUGAUAGAGACCGCCAGACGCACCCUGCCCAUCAACAUAUCCUCGACAUACUGUGGAGCCCACGCUGUUCCCAAAGGCAAGACGGUUGUGCAGGCCACGCAGGACAUACUGCAGGUUCAGCUGCCCCGACUGAGAGAACGCAUGUCUGCUGGAACGCUGAAGGUCGACAACAUCGAUGUGUUCUGCGAACAGGGGGUGUUUGACCUCGACUCCACGCGAGCCAUCCUGCAGGCUGGCAAAGACAUCGGCCUCAACAUCAACUUCCACGGAGAUGAGCUCCAUCCCAUGAAUGCUGCACAGUUGGGGGCUGAGCUCGGAGCCUUAGCCAUUAGUCACCUGGAGGAGGUCACAAAUGACGGUAUCGCUGCCAUGGUAAGAGCAAAAACUGCUGCGGUCCUUCUGCCAACUACAGCCUACAUCCUACGGCUACCUCAGCCGCGGGCCAGAGACAUGCUGGAAGCUGGAGUGAUCGUUGCCCUCGGAAGUGACUUCAACCCCAAUGCUUACUGUUGCUCCAUGGUGAGAAAAGAAAGAAGGUGGGAGAUGACGGGGAACGGAGAACAGGAAAGACAGCAUGCCAGUGGUUAUGCACCUGGCCUGUGUAAAUAUGAGGAUGUCCAUGCCCGAGGCUUUGGCUGCAGCCACAAUCAACGCAGCGUAUGCCCUGGGGCGCUCGCACACCCACGGCUCCCUGGAAGUCAAUAAACAUGGAGACCUGCUGGUGCUCAAUGCCACACGAUGGAAGCACCUCAUCUACCAGCUGGGAGGACACCAGGAGCUCAUCUGUCACGUCGUCGUCAAAGGAAAUGUGGUGUAUGACAAUGACAAAACCCUAGAUUUGUAGUUUCAGGAAAACAACAUGCUAUCAUCUGCCUUUAGCUCAGUACUGUACUCAAAAUGAUUCAAAUGUACACUUUUAAAAAUGUCAUCUUGGCUGGAAAUAUUCCAAGAUGUGAUCUGAAAAUCAACUACUAACUUGUCACCAGCGGGGAAGGGUUGUACUGGGAUCGAUGGAUAAAUUAGGUUAUGCAAUACCCGUUAGCGUGGACGUCUGCAAAAAAAUUAAAAAAACUCUUCAGUAGUACAA